AUGAUGGAGGAAGCUCUGUCGAAAACGUUGAGUUCUGAUGGCAACAUGAAGGAGGAUGUUCCCAAGGAUGAAGAAAGCCACGAUGGCGACUCGGCUGGAGAGAGCCGUAUGACCGGCACCGGUCACGGUGUGGAAGCCGAACAACAGCGUCUCCGAAAAGAAGCAGCCCAAAACUUGGCUGCCUCCGAGACAAAGACUGUCUGCAUGCUACGAUUUCUGGUCAUGGCAUUGCUUGUGACAGGAACUACAGUUGUUUUGGUUGGGGUAUAUCUGUUUUCCAGUCAGGCAGAACAAAAGGACUUUGAAGAUGGCUUUAACAUCCAUGCCUCGCAGUUGAUCGAGUCAUUUGGUUUUGCCGUCGAACGCAAGAUGGUUGCCAUUGGGGUACUUGCCACCAGCCUGACUAGUUAUGCUCAGGCUACAGGUGCCGAGUUUCCGUUUGUUACCCUACCAGAUUUCGCUGCGCGAGGUGCCGACAUUCGUGUAUUGGCGGGUGUGGUAGGCAUGCACUAUUGCCCCAUGGUGACUGAUGAAAAGCGUCUAAAGUGGGAGGAAUAUGCCUUCAUGCAUCGAUUUCAAAUCAAUGAAAACUUUGCACAAGAUAAUUUCCUGAGGGAGGAACAGGAUGACUACUUUGAUAGUAUUCUCUAUGGAACGAACAUCAGUGGUGACAACCCAAACCGAAGGCUGCAGAAGGGAGGGGGUCCCGAGGACAAUCCCAAUAUUCUAAAGGAUGGUACAGGUUUUAACCUCCGCAUUCAUAAUCCAACUGGACAACCAGAAAUCAAUGGAACUGGUCCCUAUUUUCCCAGUUGGCAAAGAACCCCAGUCAGUGCAGGACUGCAGCGAGGAAUCAACUUGAAUUUGGCAAAAGCCAAUCCUUAUGGCGGAAUUGAUCUUGUUGGGGAACUUUUGAAGAACCCAAAAAUCAUAAUCAGCAGAAUGGCCGUCCCUGUGCCCAAAUUCAUUCAAGUUUUCACAGCAAACCUCAGGGUUAGCCAAUACAGGAAGCGUGUUGACACAUAUCUUGAAGACCCAUUUGCCUUUUUUGCCUACCCCGUGUUUGACAGCCUUAACGUCACCACUCGAAGCCUGGCAGGUAUGAUAAACUCCAAUCUGUACUGGAGGGUAUACUUCCAAGAUGUGCUUCCUUCCAAUGCACAGGGCAUCAUUGCCGUUCUCUCAAACAGCUAUAACCAGACCUUCUCAUAUCGUAUUGACGGGCAAUCUGCGGUUCUAUUGGGACCUGAAGAUUUUCACGAUCCACACUACAGUGACAUGGUAGUUUCCUUGGAUGUCACAUCAUUUGUCAAACAAAAGGCCAACCCAGAGACACGUGCAUAUCUUACUGCCCCACUCCAUGAAACCUUUGGUCGCUACACCUUGAAAGUCUAUCCCACAGACAGCACAAAGGACGAGUACACUACGAGCAACCCCGUACUUUACACAGUGGUCGUGGGGUGCAUCUUUGCUAUAACAGCAUUGGUGUUUGUCUUGUUUGAUACCUGGGUUGAGAAACGACAACGGAUUGUCCUGAACCGUGCUGUGGAAUCAGGAGCAAUCGUCAAUGAACUUUUCCCAGAGGAAGUUCAGCACCGCAUGUAUGAAGAUGAUCGCAAGCUUGAGGACAAGAAAGCAUCUGGUGGUGUCUGGCGCACAAGUCCAAACCAAGCGCAUGGAUUGGAAUCAGUCGGUGCUGGGGAGAGCGGGUUGGCAUCUAGUGGAGGUCAGAUUGCUGAUGAAUACAAGAAUUGCACUGUUAUCUUCAGUGAUCUAGCUGGCUUUACUGCAAGACAAACAGGACACUGCCCCAGUGAGGUUUUUGAACUGCUCGAGACGAUCUACAAAGCCAUUGACAGCAUUGCCCUAAGACGCAAAGUUUUCAAAGUUGAGACUAUUGGAGAUUGCUGGCUAGGUGUCUGUGGUUUGCCGCAGGCCAACCCAAAGCAUGCUAUGGUUAUGGCUCGAUUUGCAGCUGACUGCCAAAAGAAAAUGCAAGAGCUUGUUGUAUCCCUCUCAGACCGCCUCGGCUCAGACACAGAAUCGCUGAGGCUGAGAACAGGGCUCCACAGUGGAUCAGUCACUGCCGGGGUGCUACGUGGACAAAAGUCUCGUUUCCAGUUGUUCGGAGACACAGUGAACACAGCGAGUAGAAUUGAAACAACAGGUCAGAAAGGGCGUAUUCAUGCCAGCCAAACCACAGCAGAUGAGCUAAUUGCAUUUGGAAAAAGAUCGUGGCUGAUUGCACGUUCUGAUAAGGUUGUAGCCAAAGGAAAAGGAGAGAUGCAAACCUAUUGGAUUGAGGUCAGUUCAGAUGCCAAAUCUUCUGGCACCAUGAGCAUCUUUGAUGGCGAGGGAAGUGAUUCUUUAAGAAAUGGUGCUGCCCAGAAACGCAAUGUGAUUGUUACAGCCGAGAAUUCAAAUGCGCACAACGACAACGAAGAGAUUCCUGACAUAUCAGUCUAG